AUGAGCCAUCCAGUCAGCUUGGUCUUACUCCCCGUGGAGAUUCUCCACAUGAUUCUGGCCUAUUUGGAUAACCAUAGUCUUUACUCUUUGACUCGUGUGUGCCAUUAUCUGCAGUGCGAAGCCGAAUGUCAUCUAUACAAGAGCAUUCUACUGCGCAAUCAACAUGGGCCUGGCUUUGUUCGUGCUAUUGAGCGCAUUCCUACUCGGGCCUUACAUGUUCGCGAAUUAAAGCUCCAUUACCAUGAGAAUAUCAUUGAGGCUAAUCCUCUGAAUCAUUACGCCCAGCUGAUCUCACCAACAAUUGGCAAAUUGGUCAACCUGAAAUCCCUGGUCCUCAAAGAUAGCUCACCUAUGACAUUUCCAGCCUUUUUCGGACUUGAAUGCGACGCUGACGUGAGGAAGUUCGAAGCCUUGAUCUUACAGUCAAUCAAACCUUAUUCGUCGCAGUUACAGAAUUUGCAGACAUGUGUCUUACAAUUCUCAACAACCGAAUAUUGCCCUAUUGGCAAAUCAGACCGACGAGAUGCUGUGUUUCUCCUCUCGCAUCUAAAGCGUCUUACGAUCAUCGGGAUGAAGAUGACGACGUUCCGGUCUUUCCGCUCGCGCAAAUCUGGAACAACUGCAUUAGAGGAGUUGAAGCUGCUGUCUUGUUGGAUCAGCCCUGCCAUUCUUCGAAAGAUUAUAUCCCUCCCCAAAGCUUUGAAGCAUUUUACUUCCGGAGGAGAUUGCCUUAAUAUGUCAGGCAAUCGCAGAUGGUGCCCAGCUACGAACCCGGAUGCUCUUCAGCAACAAAAGGAUUCACUUCUCUCGGCUACUUUGCAUUUUACUUUUGCAGGCUAUCGUCGAAAGGACCUCGCACAAGACUUCUCCGUAUUUUCGAAAUUGGAUACGCUGGAAAUUGCAAUUUCUGAAGUCCCGGGUGUAACUUCUUGGUGGUAUGGUUACCAGAUAAAAGCUUUCCCGCCCAUGCUGCGAUCUCUCCGCAUUUUCUCUCCAUCUUGGAGUUCUCACCAAGCCUUUGAAAAUGCAUGGGUGCGUAACAUUUUGCUGAAUGCAGCGUUAUCACACCUUCAAGUUGUCAUAUUUGAAUAUCGACACAGGCUUGCACUAUAUCAUGGAUCGGAUAAACCCCCUGCACCUGGCCAUAUUAUGGAGCUAAUAAGCAAGGCCUUAUCAACACUAAGUAGCUUUAUACUCACAACAACUGGUAAAACUGUACUCACGGUCCCUAUCAUAUCUUAUUGUGCCUAUUUGUUUUUGCAGCUCCCAGCUGCCAAGAGGAAAAUAUGA